CUCUCUCUCUCUCUCUCUCUCUCUCUUCCCGUGGUGCCCCUUAAAUAAUGAAAACCCCAGGCACGACAGUGAAAAGCCAAUAUCACAGAAAGAGAAUAAUGGGGAAUCAAUUACAGCCCUGCUCCUGAGCCAUCAGGCACUGGUUUCUGCCACUGCCGAGAAAAAGUGAAAGUGCAGGCCCAGCCAGAAGGAGAAAAAGGAUGUGCAGCCUUAUCCACUCUGCCUGGGCCUGGGGUGAUGUUUGGGAGUGGGUGUGUGGAGGGGAGGCCAUUCUAAUGAGUGUGAACCGACUCCAGGACUGUAGCAUCAAGUGAUCACUAUAAUUUACAAGGCAGUAAAGGUAAAGGGACCCCUGACCAUUAGGUCCAGUCGUGGCCGACUCUGGGGUUGCGGCGCUCAUCUCGCUUUAUUGGCCGAGGGAGCCGGCGUACAGCUUCCGGGUCAUGUGGCCAGCAUGACUAAGCUGCUUCUGGCGAACCAGAGCAGCGCAUGGAAACACCGUUUACCUUCCCGCCGGAGCGGUACCUAUUUAACUACUUGCACUUUGAUGUGCUUUUGAAUCCCCGUCGCAGGGAUUCGAACCGCCAACCUUCUGAUCGGCAAGUCCUAGGCUCUGUGGUUUAACCCACAGCGCCACCCGUGUCCCUUACGAGGCGGUAGUUGCUCACUAAUGGCAAAGACAGUGCCAUCAUGUCAGGAGAAGUCGCAGCAUGGGUGCCUAGGAGUUGAACUGAAGAGUAUCGCGGGAAGCAGCAGGUAGAAGUAUCUCUGGGCCCGUUCUUUUGUCUAAUUUGGGGAGCAGUUGUUCUGAGACUUUGUAUGUGGUUGAGGAUGACCCAUGAAGUACAGCAAACAGGUUCCUAGGGAUAACACACAUCCCUGCGUGCAGGGUCACAGAGGUGCGUUGUGAUCAUCUGGCUAAGCAGUCCAGUGUUUGCUGUAGUGGGCACAUUGACCUCCCCACUCAAAUGAGUGCCAGUUUUACUUUUUUCCAUUCCCUCCUAUCCCAGAAAAUAUGUGAUUAUGUUCAACGACACAGUGGAGGUAAGGAGCCUUGCCCCUACCUCUUAACACUGGGUUUGUGAAAUGGCUAUGGGAAGACGUUGGUCUGGUGCCCAGAAAUAAAACCACUCCUCUUCUGGUCCUGCUGUUUGGUUCAGCAUUAUGCCCAAAUCCAGGUAGUGUGCAGCAGCAGUGUGGCCAGGCAGCGGGGAACAAAGUGGCCACAAUUUUCAUUCCAUGCAAUUGCACAUUCAUGUGUUCUUACUUUGCUUCCUGUGUGCAAACUGGGCUAUUUUGUGUGUGCGCAUGCAUGCUCUGGUCUGGGGAAGGGGAACAUGCCCCCUUCUUGUUCUGCUGGCUACACCCAUUAAUAGCCAAAUGGGCACAAACCUACAUGGUGUACAGCCACACGAGGCCAAUAGUAAAGAUGUCUAUAUAUUACCUCCAGGAUCAGAGAUGCCAUGCCUCUGAAUACUAGUAAUGUAUUUCACAGUGAGUAGGAAGAGAAUACUAUCCUCAGGUCCUGCUUAUAGACUUCUCAAGAGGCAUCAGGUUGGCCACUGUAGGAAGCAGGAUACAACAUGGGCCUUUGUUGGUUUGAUCCAGCAGGGUUAAUCUUAUGGUGAGGACAGAGGUGGAUUUAGGGGAGUGUGACCAGUUUGCCCGCACUGGCUGCUGAGCCAAGAGGGUGCCGCAACAAUGACAAACAACAGAAGGGGAGAGGCAGGGGUAUAUGCCAAAUUUUGGCAUUGCUCAAGGGUGGAAUCGACACACAUACAAAAAAAGUUGUGAAAAUGCUUUUAUUAUAUAUAUAUAUAUAUGUUGUUAUUGUUGUUUAGUCGUAUCCGACUCUUCGUGACCCCAUGGACCAGAGCACGCUAGGCUCUCUAUUAUAUAUAUAUAUAUAUAUAUAUAUAUAUAUAUAUAUAUAUAUAUGGUAAUUUGCCAUUAGUGUCACAUUUGUAUAAUAACGCACUUAAAAUAUCAUAUCUGCAGCUUUAUAGCUGAAUCUAAGGUGCUGCUUUAAAGCCCAAAGUCUGCCACUGAUGAGGACUCCUCUUCCUGGCACAUGUUCCUGAUGUGAAAACAGUUAGUUAGUUGUACCAAUAGGAAAGUUGUUCUCAUCAUGGCCCAGUUUAGGCCUGACAUUUUACACUAGCCGGAUUAGCUGAUCUUAAGGGUCGGAGUGACAGGCAUUGCAGGCAAAAGGUGCCUGUUACUGCCAGAGCAACAGCAUGUUAAAGGAGUUGGACCCACACGCACCACCUCUGUCCUUGCAAUGCCAGCAGCAGCUCAGCUGAUUUCUGUCUUGGCUUAGCUUUGGCAUGUAUGUUGCAACUCCUUCACUCCUGCUUCGUUUCCAUUGGUUGCAAUGGGGGCAUCUGCAAUACAAGACAGCAAGUAGUGAGUGGAGAGUCAGGAGAGAAUACAGGAGGGGCAGGUCUGAGGAAGCAGACAGGCCUCUAGUUAUUCAUACAAGUCUGCCAAUCUCUUGGUCAUGCUUAAAUGUGUAACUAAGACACAGGGCUUUUAUAUGUAAUAACUCAGGUUUCCUAACAUUGUAUAAGGUUGCUCUUAGCUUGGUGUCUGAUUUUUGAGUGGCACAGAUAUACUGUGUUUUUCCGUGUAUAAGAUGACCCCCGUGUAUAAGACAACCCCCUAUUUUGGACGAAAGAAGCAGCAGCAGCAAAAAACAUAGUCUUAUACACAGAAAAAUAUGGUACUCGGGCUGCUUCCAUACUAGGUGUUUUUUUUUUUUGUAAGGGUAAAAUUGCCUCACCUUGUUCACUCAAAUUUUACAAAACGGAUGUGUCUCUGUGAUGUCGUCCACAAUUUGUAAACCUCCUGCGUUUCCCCCAGAGCAUCUUCCAUUUGUUUUAUUAUUGCAGACAGUCUGUGUGCAGAAGAGCAAUGCAUUCUCCAAAGAUAUAGAUACCAUUAGUGUUGCUCUUCCAUCUUUUCCUUUUUCUAAGAUGGAAGAGUAGCAUUAAUUGCCCGCUUGGUGUGGGAAGGUAAAACCCUAUCACAGCUCAGCAUACCUUUGUGGUGGACACAAUUUUAUAAAACAGUUAACAUUUUAAUUGGUCUUUUAAUUACCCCUACAUCACUUUUCUAUAUGGAUUGUUCAAAACAAUACUAAAAUAUUUGCAAAGUACUGGGUAAAUGAAAUAGCACAAUUAUGAUAAUGUACAAAAGAAAAAGGCUUUAUGGUCACUGGCAUUUUAGCAAUGUGUUCCUCCCCCAUUAAUUUUUUCCAUUGUAUACUCCUGAUUCGAAAUAAACAUUAUGCUUUGUUUUGUGGUAUUUAAUGGGUAUAUAUAUAUAUAUAUAUAUCCCACAAUUAAAAGCGUGGUGUCCAAACUUUUUUCAAAGAGGGCCAGAUCUGAUGACGUGAAGGGCCAUGAGGGACGACUGAAGGGACAACCAAGGUUGUUGACCUUUUUUUUAGGAUUUAAGUUGUUGAGCUUUUCUUAGGGUUGAAGUUGUUCAGCUUUUUUUAGGAUUUAAGUUGUCAAGGUUUUUUUAGAAAUUUACCCCAGGAAAUAAACUGCCACAGGGGCUGGACUUUGGACAUGCCUGGAGUAGGGGCUUAGUGCUAAAUAAUUAAAUAAUUUUAGUUUAUUGUUUUUAAAGGAUCACUUGGAAUCUCCUCCCCUCCAAUAGUAACUCAAGUGAUUUGAACCUUCACCCAUUCUGCAUCAUACUGCUAGUGUAGAUGGAGCAUAGCGGGGUGAGCAUUUGGGGAAAGUGCAGGAGCUCCAGUAGUGUGGAAAGUUGAUUGCAGUUCUGUAAGCUACAGUGGAAGAGCAAAGAUUAAUUAAUAUUAUGUGUGCUUCAAAAAAAAAGUUGUGGGAUCAGUACUUCUUGUGCGUGCACUUUUUAAAAACAGCAUCCACAUGAUGUCGUUGGCAGCAAAAUGCCAGCCCAUUCCUCCUCCUCCUCCUCCUCUCCAUUUAAUCUGGGUCUACCCUUUUUUUGGGAAAUCCAAUAAGUCAAAAACAAACAAACAGAUAACUAUGCUAUCCUAAUAACACCUUGCAAAUUAACCCCUAUCUGGAAGCACACUAGGAGCUAUCUAUCUGGAAGUAAAAAAAUUCUCACACUAACACGUGUUUAUAUUUGUAUGUGAAGGUAAAUAUUCUAUAUUGCAUUUGCAGUAUUCUGAAACUAGGCCAACAGAGCAAUUCAAACCCCACUUAGGGCUUAUCAGCCAUCAGUGGCCCACAAUGGCCCAAUAAUCUUGCCCUUCCUACUUUUGGCUGCGGAAGUGGCAGUGGUUCUGCUACUCCAUCGAGCUCUGGCAUAGGCAGUGCCAAGAGUGGUUUGUGCCUUAAGGCUGCAGUCCUGUACAUACUGGGAGUUUGUCUUCUAAGUACCCAUGUCUAGGAUUGCACUGUAGUCCCUAUACACACUUACCUGGGAGUCAUCUCCACUGAAAAUAAAAAAAAGUUUUUAACUUAAAAACUCUCCUCUUUGCAGGUUUGGUUUCAGAACCGAAGGGCCAAAUGGCGGAAGAGGGAGAAAUGCUGGGGCAGAAGCAGCGUAAUGGCAGAAUAUGGGCUCUAUGGUGCAAUGGUACGUCACUCCAUCCCACUGCCAGAAUCCAUCCUCAAAUCGGCCAAGGAUGGCAUAAUGGAAUCCUGCGCUCCUUGGCUGUUGGGUAAGAGAUGAACCUUGGGAAUGGACCUAUUUUGUCUAGCGUUUCUGGUAGGGUUCUGUCAGUGAUGAAGGCAAUAAAGCAGUUGGACCAGGGAAGUGUAUAGGUAAACACAGAGAUUACUGCUACGAGUAUCAAGUUUGUCCAAUACAGAGAUGGAGAACUUGUUGCCAACAGAUGUUGCUGGACUGCAGCUCUUAUAAUUCCUGACCAUGGGCCAUGCUGGCUGGAGCUGAUGAGAGUUAAGAGUCCAACAACAUCUGGAAACCACAAAUUCCCCAACCUCCUGGCUGAAAUUUGGUCAUCUAGGGAUUUGAUCCCCAGGCUCUAAGUUGUGAUUACCAAUAGUGCAUUAUUUCCAAGGGGAAAUUACGCUAUUAUACUUUAUGAACUUCAAACCCCUUAAUGCUUCUUAUUCUUAGGCCUGGUGCUUAUGCCUCACUCCAACAGCUAUUUUGUGGUGAGUUCUCCUUGCCCAUGCUGUGAUGUCGUAUCAGGCGUUUUCACGCCCCUCCCAGAUGUUCAUACUGGCAUCUAGCUGAGGAUGUAGACUUUUGAUAGGAUGGCAAAAAUGGUUGUGGUUCCUUAAACAAAAACCCACAACUUUAUUGUGGCAUGAAUCUUCAUAUGCAAGAGUCUGUUCUAUCAGAUGCAUAAAGAAGAAGCAUAGUGGGUAGUUGCCUAUAGCAGAUCAUACAAUAAUAAAUAGAGCAAAGGGGUUGUAUAUAUGCAGAUAUUAAGAGCUCUGCUGGAUCAGACCAAAGACAUGUCUAGUUUAACAUUCUGUCCUAUAGUAGUUGCUUCUAGAAAGUUUGCAAACAGGCCUUGAAGUCAAUAGCCCUUCUCGCUGCCUAAUUUAUGAUAUUCAGAGAUAAAAUGCAUUUGAAGAUGUCCUUGAUAUUUGUCUAAUAUGUUUUGGAAACUAUCUAAACUAGUAGCCCUCACAGUGGGUUUAGCAAAUUUCCUCUUGCACUCCUGUUCCUUGCUUGGCUCUUCUCUUCUGCUUUUUCAAACUAAGGCUACAAAUAAAGUUAACUUAUGGUUUCUUACAAAUAUGCUGCUUCGUACUUCUGGCUACUAUGUGAAACCCAGAGUGGAAAGAGGGAGAGAGAGGGAAAAGGGCUGCAAAGGAUGUGUGAGAAGAAAUCAGUAGCGUACUUCUCAGCCCUGUAGGCGAUAGCAUAACCAGAGUCCCCCCACCAGGGCCUUCUUCACAUACAGAGUUAUUGCGAGAAGCACAUUGCCACCAUUUUAUCUCUGUUAGCAGAGAAUUACCCAGUCUAAUAGAGUUAGGUGGCCCUGUAUCUCUGGGUUCUUCCUUGCCCACCCACUAGGCUGGAGUGGACAGCUCCUGCCACUUUGAUAUCCUAGAAUGUGUCUUCUGUAUUAACAGCAUUUUGUGCAUUUCUCAAUAAGUGCAACUUCCUUUCCCAACUCUGCUGCUGUCCCUGCUUGUGGACAACUUGUCCCAAACAGGAUGCCCCAUCCCAUCAAAAAUGCACAGACUUGGCAUUAUGAUUACGACUCAGGUGUAGUCAUGGCUCAUUGCAGCACUGGCCCCAGUUUCUUACCUAGUUUUGGCCUGUCUCUGCCAGAGAACUGGCCUGAGCUCCCCCUCAUGCAGGGCCCAGAGCAAUGAGCUCUCUGUGUGACUGCUGUUUGAAGCAAGGCUUUCUGCUUUUCCUUAAUUCUGGCCUCUCUUUAUCUUUACUGUUUUCAGUUCAAGAUGGCUUUCCCAUGCCCAGGCGCUUUUCUAAACCCGAAUACCAACAAUUCUUUUUAGGGAUGCACAAAAAAUCUCUGGAAGCAGCGGCUGAGGCAGGAAGGAAGCCAGAGGUGGAACGCCAGGCUCUGCCCAAGCUUGACAAGAGUGACAAGGAAGAAAGGGGGCCUGACUCCAAAACCACCAUUUCCCAGGAGGAACUGAGAGAGAACAGCAUUGCUGCCCUCAGGGCCAAAGCUCAGGAGCACAGCACCAAAGUCCUGGGGACCAUCCCUGGAGAUCCUCCUACGUCAAUCAGGAAGCCAGAGAAAGAGGAAGAGGCAGCCACGGCGGAGGAUGAACGGCAAAUGGAAAAGUCAGAUUUAUCACAAGAGGAAGAUAAGCUGAUUUAGAAGGAAGGGGAUGAUAGGAAUCAGCCAUCCUCUCUAAGAUUGACUCCUCUAGGAGCUACAACCUCCUCUCAGACUAACAGGGCCCCUCCUGCAGCCCCUACACACAUGGAGGUAGGCCCCACUUGGUCUCUGUACAUUCCAGGAAGCCACGGCUAAGGCCACGUUCCGUCAGGUGUGUCUAUAGAGACUGCUUUCCCUCGGGAGCAUAUUGCCCCUGCAGUCCCUGUCCUCAGGAGCGCUCUCGCUCUAUGUCCCCACAUUUCAAGGAAAAGGGAGGUGGGAAUCAUGUACCGUCUUAGUCGGAGAGGUAAAUCAAGCUAGGAUUUUUUCCCUCAACACCAGCCGUUAAACCAACGUUGGGUCUUUCCCCGCUUUCCCCCUUAUUCAACCUCUGUUGUCCCAUUCUCAUCCUCAUCCUAAAAAGAAGUAUUUCUGUCAUUUCACCGUAUAUAUGACAGGCAGUCUCUUUAUCCUUGUCUCAGUCAGGUUGUUAGCUUUUUCAGAAGAAGAAUUACCUUUUCUUUUUAUAUGUUAAUGUAUACAUGUUUUGAACUGCCCAUCGCUUAGCAUUGAGGCCAAGGUUUUUUUAAAAAAUAAAGGAAGCCAGCCACUCCUUUCUCCAAAAGUCAGGCCAAAUUUAAAACUGGCAAGGUGGCAACCCUACCUCAGAUCAAGUCUCUUUCUCACUGCGGUAUCAACAUUGUAGUUGAUUGAAGAGGUCCUGGCACCCUUCCAGUGCAAUGUGAAUUUUCCGUGGAGAAUAUACACCCCUGUUGUGACUUGUUUAUGGCACCCAGACUGCAACAUUCCAAAAUCCUGACCUGCUCUCCUCAGGUGGCUAUGCCGUUUUCCGUUUUAGCCCGAUUGUUCAAGGAAAAUUCUGUUAAAACUAUUACAUAUGGCAUUGAGUGUAUUCUUACAGUAGUUUGACUCUUCCAUAAAAGUCUUUCCUAAAGGAGGCCUCGUUUGUUCUGAAAUGGAAAAGGAGCAAUUAAUUACUGAAAAGAGAGGUAUACUAUGGUUGCUCGGGUAUUUUAUAUUGUCUGAGGUGGAAGCCUUGCCUCCUCAUUCCAAUUUGGGAUGUAAGAUCUGACAGGGUUAGGCGAUGGUGAGAAAAAUGCACUCUGAAUACACUCGUGUCACAUAACAUAUUCUAGGAGUUACAUGUAGCAUUUAAAACCAUCCAGGGCUUUGCCCUUGUGAACCUUAGCUCAGUUUAAGUCAGGGCUGGAGUCUAAACAGUUGGUUCAUGUUUCUCCAGCAGAAGUCAAUAAUAAAUGGAGAAUCACAGCCAUCCUACCAGUAGCCAAAUUUAUAGGGGAGGUUUUACUGGUAAGUUUUUCACCUGCGUUUUAGAAUACUAAGAGUCCGAGAGAUGUGCUUAGGUCAGCGCUUGGCUCUCAGAUAAAAGUGAGAACUGACUUUAUUGGUGAUCGCUCAUUCACACAUGCACGUCAUUGCUUGAUGCUGCAGUCAUCAAAUGAUGUGUGAAAUAGCCUAUCUGAGGCAGACUGCUUGGGUGAACUUCCCCAAUGCUACUCAUGUGCAGCAAAAAUAUUAGCUGAACAAUUUGUCCGAUGUAAGUAGCAUAAAAUAAAGCACUAAUGGACAUCUUGGUGUCCCAAAAAAAUAAAAUUCACAUAUCCCGUUACCUUCAUAGGCAAUUGACUCAGACACUGAGAUGAAGUCAUGUACACAAUGCCAUAAGAAACUGCCUCAAUUCCAUGACAACAUUGCUCUCCUAUCCUUUUUUCUGUGAAGGCCCCUGGACAGCAAGUGUCACGUUCCCUUUCCCUGUCCUUGUUUCCAGCAAGAGCUGCUUUUACCUGAAGUUGUUGUUUUGGUUAUGAUUGAUCUUUCCUCCCCACAUAACCCCAUUCUGCCUAUGUCCCAGUUCUUUGGCGUCUUAGAUUAUAGCACUCAGUAUGUAAAUAAUGUAUAUAUGGUGAGAAAAGUUGGUAUUUGAGGUGUUUAAGAUACAAAGUUGUAACAACUAGUCAUUUGAAACCUGUGAUUUUUUUUGUGCCAUUUUCUGUAAAGAUAUAAAUCAGAAUAAAACCGAACUAAAGAUGAGC